CAAAACGUCAUUUAUUUAGACAAUUGUUGAUAAAGUCAAAAUAACAUUUAUAAAAAAAAAGGAGGUAGUAUAUAUAUAUUGGCGCAUGGCUGCCUAAUAAACUCUAUGAUUUAUUGUUUAAUUUUUUGGUUAUUAUAUUAACUAGUUCAAUCUUUUCCUUUUUGUAGGUUGUUUUCUUCCAUUUGUUCCAAGUUUUUUAUUUUUGCUUUGUCAAUUAUAGAAUUGAUAAAUGUGUAAGAUGCCUUGCUUGAAGCAUGCUUUCUUAAUAAAACGUUUCCCUUUUUCAGUUCAUCUUGAUGAAUCAAUGUAUCAAACUUUCUAAACAAAAAUCAAUUUAGGACACAUCAAAUUAAAAACAACCAUAAAUCUGUGGGCAUUUGUUGGGGUAGAGCCCAUAAAUGCCGAGGCUUGAGAACGACUUUGUUCAAUUUUUUAUUUUUUGUCCUUUUCCACUUUCCUAAACUUGUUUUUGGGCUUUUAGCACGCCUUUAACUACAAUUAUUGAUGCAAGAACCUCAAUUAUGGGCUUUAUAAAUAUCUUGACUUACAUAGAUUGAAGCCCAUCGUUGACCCUAACUCAAAAAUUAAUGGGCUCUAAUCUGUUUAUUUGUAAUAUUUAAUUUAUACCUCUUUUUUUUUUUUUUNCUUCUUUUCUUGUUUUCUCUUAUACGUUUUUCGGAAUGUGGAAUAUGUUUAUGCACCUAUCUUACGUUGCAGAUCAAGCCAUGGUGAAGGAAAACAUUAGGAAGCUUUACAUGGCAAUGGGCCUUCAGAAAUGGAUCUAUGGGCUCCGAACAGUAGAGCCCACUUGCCCAGAAAAUGACUCCAGUGUUAUUGCCGAUGAGCAGCCCAAUGGACCUAAUCUGGCAGACACGAGAUAUAUUUCCUGGCUGAAUGAUCAUCCUUCUGCCAUAGCCUCUUUCAAUGGGAUGAUGAAUUCUGCAAAAGGGAAACAAAUAGUCGUGUUUUUGGAUUACGACGGGACUCUUUCACCAAUCGUAAAUGACCCUGAUCGAGCAUUUAUGUCCGACCCGAUGCGAUCAGCUGUACGUGAAGUCGCAAGGUACUUCCCGACCGCUAUAAUCAGCGGUAGGAGUCGAGACAAGGUUUAUGAAUUUGUUAAGUUGGAUGAGGUUUUCUAUGCUGGGAGCCAUGGGAUGGAUAUAAAAGGGCCUCCUUUAAAUGUGAAGUCUUAUGGAGAGUAUCAAAUAAGCACCCAAGAUGAGAAGGGCAACGAGAGCACAAUUUUCCAACCUGCAAAGGAGUACCUGCCCGUAAUUAAAAAGAUGUUGAAAGAGCUUAAGAGAAGAACAUGUGACAUACCAGGUGCUCUUGUGGAGGACAAUAGGUUCUGCAUUUCAGUGCACUAUCGUCACGUUUUGGACGAGGACUAUGGUACCCUAGAGGAGAUAGUGCACAAUCUUCUUUCCGAGUAUUAUUCUCUUUUUCACAUCACUCGAGGGAAGAAGGUUCUAGAAAUCCGGCCUACGAUCAAAUGGAACAAAGGGGAUGCCUUGACAUAUCUUCUAGAAACCCUAGGGUUUUCCAACUCCACCAAUGUCCUCCCGUUUUAUUUAGGCGAUGACAAAACCGAUGAAGAUGCAUUCAAGGUACUUACGAACUCUGACAAUGGAUAUCCGAUCCUCGUAUCGUCCACUCCAAAGGAGACCUUAGCUUUAUACUCCUUGCGCGAUCCACCCGAGGUUUUGAGUUUCCUUAUACGUUUGGCAAGGUGGGGAGAGACUUUGGAGUUGCCCUAAUUGUGUUUAAUUAGGAUUAAGAGUAUAUUAAUAUUAUGGGCUUAAUUAUGGUUUUAAUUAAUUAGAUUUUUAGGGAUAGGUGAUUAAUGAAACCUUGGGAGAGGCUAGUUUUAGUUGGCCCCCUCAAGUGUGUUUCCCUUCUUAUGUUAAGUGUCAAUUUGCAUGUGUAGCUACUAAUAUAAUUUUGUAGUACUAAAUAAUUUUGGUACAUUUAAGUAUUUAACGUCUUAGUUUUUCUUUUUUCAUUCUCAAAUUCUUGUGUGACACAGUCCAGAGAUUAA